AUGCAGCUCACAGCCGUACUCACGCUUUCAACCUCCCUGCUCGCAGGCCAUGUCUGGGCACUACACGCCGACCCCGAAAACCCAAUGGGCAUCCACAACCCAAACCUCUACAACAAUGAGCAUGCCCCAGCAUCCCACGGCCCAGCAUCCCACGCUCCCGCCGCCAAACCAGAAAUCCCAGCCUACAUGGCACCACUCGUCUCCUCCAUGGCCUCCGAAAUGGCCAUGUCCAUGAUGCACAAGCCCACAUCAACACUCUUGCAGGCAUCCAAGUCCCACGCCCCAGUAGCAUGGUCCAACGCCCCAAUGGCUCCACACCCAAACCUCCCAACCUACUCCGACGUGCCCAUGUAUUCCCAGGGCUCAAUGUAUUCCCACCUCGCCAUGUCUACUUCCGCCGUGUCAACCCCAUACGCCAUGUCCUCGCAGGCACCGUACUCUAACAUGUACAACUUGCCCAUGAGCUCAAUGCUCACAAAAGCCUCUUCGACUCCCUCCAGCUCCACGGCAAUGGCUACUUCCUCCGCUUCGCAUGCUUUGACCUAUGCUAAACAGCACUUCAACCAGCCCCAGCACUCUAAUUUCCAUCCCGCUCAGGCUCAGGCCCCAGGUGGGGGCGGUAUCGCGCCCAUUGCCCCAUUGACGCCGGGAUCUAAUGUUGCGCCUGUGCAGCUGAACUCUCAUCAUGGUUCUGAUGAGGGAAAUGCCUUCUGUUUGGGUCAGUGUUAUCCUAGUGAGGAGGAGGCGCAGUGUGAGAAGCCUAUGACUUCGCCUGUUUAUAGGCCUGCCCUGGGAUGCUACACUUGCUGUUUCACUGCUGGUGACUUCUAG